AUUGGAAAUAUAGCAAAUGCCUAUGAGCGUCUUGCUUUACGUAAAUCAACAUGGCAAGAUCAUCCUUAUAGCGCCUAUCACAGUUUGAUCAAGUCUUCAAAUGCAGUGGACGGGAGGUUUUCGGACAGGUCUCUUAAUGGAGGGCAAUGUGUAAUAUCGGGAAGGCAAAAACAAACUGCUACCUGGUGGGUGGAUCUAUCUGGGAUUGUCAGCAUUCACCAUAUUACAAUCUACUACAGGACGGACAAUUUGCAGUGGGAUAUAUCCAAUGGCUACACUUCCCGCUUCCUUGGUUUUUCGGUUUACAUAUCGAACACCACCAAGAAAGAUGACGGCUAUCUAUGUUUUAAAGACACACACUACACCAGAGAAACGAUACCGAGUAAUAUCACAUUAGAAUGUAUAAAGCAUGGAAGGUACGUCAUCUAUUACAAUGAGAGAAUCCAAGGAGUUACCUACCCUGAAGGAUAUUCUCCAUACGCAUACAAUGAACUCUGUGAAGUCGAGGUUUAUGGAUGUCGUUCCUUAGAUAUAUACGGAGAGAAUUGUACAUUUCCGUGUCCGCAGACUUGUCAUGAAGAACGCUGUAACAUUGAGGACGGGACUUGUUUUGGAUGUAUUGCUGGACAGAAAGGUUCACGAUGUGAUCAAUUUUGUGACGGUGGUAAAUUCGGACAAAACUGUGCUCAGUCAUGCGGGUUUUGCUUCGGAAAUAAACAAUGUCAUCACAUUAACGGGUCAUGCUUUAAUGGCUGCGAAAGAGGUUACUAUGGAAACAAUUGUACACAAGUAUGUCCUGAAGGGCGGUAUGGAUAUAACUGCCUAGACAUGUGUGACAUCAACUGUGGAGAGCCGAAAAGAUGUAACAGGAAAACAGGGCAAUGUCAAAAUGGUUGUCAGGCAGGGUGGAAGGAUAUAAAAUGUGACAAGAAAUGCGACGGAGGAACAUUCGGACUAAACUGUGCUCAGUCAUGCGGGUCUUGUCUUGAUAAAGAACAAUGUCAUCACAUUAAUGGGACAUGCUUGAAUGGCUGCGAUAAAGGUUACCAUGGAAACACUUGUACACAAGGUAGCAAAAUAUGA